AUGGAGCUAAUAGAUGUGCCAGUGGUUGGGAAUAAAAUCACGUGGUUUAAGGCUAACGAAAGCUGUAAGAUUAGGUUAGACAAAAUUCUGUUAUCCGAUGAUCUAAUUUUGAAAUGGGGAAUUAUGGUGCAGCAAAUAGGUGAUGGAGAUAUAUCAGAUCAUAUGCCAAUUUGGUUGAAGCUAAAUGUGGCAAAUUGGGGUCCCAAACCCUUUAAGGUAUUCAAUAGCUGCUAUGAAAAUCCCAACUUCAUAGAAUUUGUUAAAGAUUCUUGGAAUUUUGUUCAAGUUGUGGAUUGUCGUAGUCAUAUUUUGGUGGCGAAGUUUAAAACGCUAGGAGAGAAGCUCAGGUGGUGGAACAAGAACGUUUAUGGAUGGGUUGAUUUGAGUAUAGAGAAAGGGAAUAACAUCCUUAAUGAAAUAGAUUUGGAAAAAGUUGAAACUUAA